AUGUCGGCACGGAAGAAGGUCCUAUUGAAGAUCUGGGAUACUGCUGGCCAAGAACGAUUUCAAUCAUUGGGAGUUGCAUUCUAUCGCGGAGCCGACUGCUGUGUCCUGGUAUAUGAUGUCAACAACUCCAAGAGUUUCGAGGCUCUCGACAGCUGGCGGGACGAGUUUCUUAUUCAGGCGAGCCCUCGGGAUCCUGAGAACUUUCCAUUCGUGGUGAUUGGCAACAAGAUCGAUGUCGAAGAGAACAAGCGCAUGAUCUCGUCGAAGCGGGCAAUGACGUUCUGCCAAUCCAAGGGCAACAUCCCUUAUUUCGAAACGAGUGCCAAGGAGGCCGUCAACGUGGAACAGGCAUUUGAAGUCAUCGCUCGGAGCGCUCUCGCGCAGGAAGAAGCGGAAGAAUUCAGUGGUGAAUUCAGCGAUCCGAUCAAUAUCCACCUUGACGGUGAUCGGGAUGGAUGUGCCUGUUGA